AUUCAUUUUAAUUAAUUAAAAUUAGAAAUCAUUGAUUUUACAGUUUAAAAUAUCUAUAAUUAAAUCUUUUUAUAAUUAAUUUAUGAAUAUAAUUUAUAAAUAUAUAUAUUUAUUUCUAUUCGUAGAAUCAAAUAGUUAAAAAUAAAAAUUUUAUUUCUAUUUAUUUUUUCUUAUCAUUUUUUACUAUAUUUUCUACUCUUUUCUAUAUUCUAUAACAUGUUGCACAACGUGUCAAAAUUUAAAUUUUCAAAAUUAGUGAAGAAACAAAUAUUGCGUCGUGUCUAAAGUCUAACCAUAACCAUCUUCUUUUUUAUUUAUUUAAUCAGUAACAUAAUAUAAUCGAACUUAUAGUAAUUAUAAUAAUUAUAAUUAUAGUAAUUAUAUUUUUCCCUUAAUUUCUUCAAAACGGCAAGCCUGCGUAUAAGAUAAAUAAUAUAAGAGAGAUAAGAUAAUAUAAGAUAUAUAAAUAUUGAAUCAUGACGUGGUAACUAUUUAGUCUCGCUUCAACAAUUAAAAUUAAUUUUAAAUAAUAAAAUAAAAUUUAUGUAAUAAUUUUGAUAAACAAAUUAUAUAAAGUUUUAUAGAAAAAUAUUUAAAAAUAUAAAUUAAAAAAAAAGAUUUUUAUAACUUUUAUAUUAAAAGAUGUCAUUUGCAGGAAAAGUUGUAUUAAUAACUGGAGCUAGUUCUGGCAUUGGAGCAGCAACUGCUAUACAUUUUUCACAACUUGAUGCAUUAUUAUCAAUAACAGGUCGUAAUGUACAAAAAUUAAAUGAAAUAGCUGAUCAAUGUAAAUCUAAUAAACCAUUAAUUAUACCUGGAGAUUUGACUAAUGAAACUGAUGUUCAAAAUAUUAUUAAAUCUACUAUUAAACAUUAUGGUAAAUUAGAUAUUCUAAUUAAUAAUGCUGGUAUAUUAGAAAAUGGCAGCAUAGAAAACACUUCAUUAGAACAAUAUGAUAGAAUUUUUAAUAUAAAUGUACGUUCAAUAUAUUAUUUAACAAUGUUGGCUGUUCCAUACAUAAUACAAACUAAAGGUAAUAUUGUGAAUGUAUCAAGUGUUGUUGGAUUAAGAUCCUUCCCAGGAGUUUUAUCAUAUUGUAUGAGUAAAUCAGCAAUUGAUCAAUUUACACGAUGUGUGGCUGUUGAACUUGCACCAAAACAAGUAAGAGUUAAUGCUGUAAAUCCUGGUGUAAUAACAACAAAUCUUCAUAAAAAUAGUGGAAUGUCAGAUGAAGAACUAAAAAACUUCUAUGAACAUUGUAAAAAUACUCAUGCUCUUGGUCGAUCAGGAGAUGUUAAUGAAGUUGCAAAAGCAAUUGCAUAUUUAGCAAGUGAUGAUGCUAGUUUUAUUACAGGUGUAACUUUAUCUAUUGAUGGAGGAAGACAUGUUAUGUGUCCUCGUUAAAUUGUAUUUUGUGCAAAAAAUAAUUUUGUUUGUAAUUUUAAAUUCAUUAAAAUUUUUAAUACAUUUUUCAUAUCUAUAAUACAUUUAUCAGAUUAUAAAGCUAAUAUUUUUUUUAAAAAUAUCUAUAAACAUAAGAAAUACUAAUAAUAAUAAUAUUAUAUAUAAUAAUAUAUUAUGUAUAUAAUUAUAUACAUAAGAAAUACUAAUAAUAAGAUAUUAAAUUAUAAGGUAAAAAAUAUGUAAAGAAAUAUUAUUUUUUAAUAAAUAAUAUCUUAAAAAUAGA